CAUCGAUUUAGUACUUGCAGUAUGUAAACAUACCCAGCUGUGUCGACUAUUGACCGACUCUUUGACUGACGCUUCACGGAUAGACUUCGUGACCAUGGCCGACACUUUGUGCUGACCUGACACACGACCGUCGCCAAGUUGUUCAGCUGCCAUUAGUAUAUUGGGUUAAGGGUAAAUGAUGAACGUCGCGAGGAAUCCGCGUCAAGCCGGGGCCAACGAUACCGAGGCGCGACGGCCAGUCGGCUACUGGGCGGAGUUUAACAACUGGUGGCGGACCAGGCUUAGCGAGCAUGGCUGCAGGCCAUCACCUGCUGAACUGGCUCAAUGGUUCGAGGAUAAUGCGUCGCUCUGUUGGAAGCCGGAGGAAAUGCCGAGCCUCAAAGAAGUCCGCACCCAUGCUAAAUGCCUCAGGAGCACAGAACAAGUUCGCAACUACUUUCGUAAAUACCGUGCAGCGCGCAAGGCCAACUCCACGACCACUAGUGUACGCACAUCUGGGUCAGACUCCGACAGCGAGGACGCAGCCCCGGGCGAGUACGGCACCGCAAUCCAGUCGGCGCUCGUCGGCUGCGGCGGACGCCUCGACCCUGGUAUCAGCGUAAGCCAGGCGGAGGCGCUGGGGCUCAUGCCCUUUGUCUUCGGUGCUGCUGGCGGCGCUGGGCUGUUCUUCACCGGCGCCGGAGGUGCGCUAGCGGGCCUUACUCUGCAGGCACCUGGUGCCGCGCCCGCGGCCUCCCUACCAGCGGCCAGCAACGCCGGCAACAACAAUGGCGAUCAGGGUUCCUCUCCCAGCCGUUGCCGCCCCGCGACUAGCGUUUGCAACAGCCAGGUAUCGCUGCACUCGCAGCGCCUUGGCGCCUGCGCCGUCCCUUCCGCCAGCGCAGCGGCCGCUGCUGCAGCAGCGGCGGCGGCAGCGAUUGCAGCACACGCCCAGCAACAACACCCGCACCCAGCGGUAGCCAGCAGCUCGCUAGGUUUGCCACCCCGUCAGCCAACCUCCGCCGCCGCAACUCGGCCCGCGGUGCCCCAGCUGCCGCCCGCCGCCGCCGCCGUGUCGGGUCCCGUCAUUAGCUUCUCCCAAGGCGGCCAGCCACAGCACUCCGCGCACGGCCCAGGCCCCACCCGCAGCAUCGGCGGCGGCAUCGUGGUUCGCCUGCCGCCGGUACACCGCUCCAGCGCCACCUCCGCCCGCCCGCACAGCACCUCUUCAAAGCACACCACCCCGGCACCCGAGGCGCCACCCGCCAAGCGCCAGCUCACCGCCCAGCGCGCCGCCACCACCAGCUGCGCCCGCCCCACCGUCUCCGGCGCAACCAGCUCUGUACGGCUGGACCUCAGCGGCGGCGCAAAGGUUGCCGGCCAUGACAACGGUGGUGAGGGUGCUGACGCCGCGUACCACGUGGUGGUGCCGCCCGUCAAGACUAGUCGGCCUGUUGACAACCUGGGUGCAGCCGCCGCUGCGGCGGCCGCUGCCAUGCGCCCGGUCUCAUGUGGCAGUGGCGCUGCGGGCCCCGGCGGCGGGUACUAUCGUCAGCCGGUGAUGCAGCAACCGCAGCAUCACCUUGCACCGCCCCUACCGCCUCAGAACGCAGCCUAUGCAUCCCAUCAAGUCGCCGCGCCCAUCUCCCAAGACGCCCUUAAUCAAACUGGUUUCAUGUUCCCCAGCAGUACGGUAGGAGUCACGAGUAUCGCCGCUCCCGCUGCCGUUCCAGCGCCCAUCAAGACCGAGCCCGUCGUGGAGCACGACACCAAGGCUGACCGCGCCGCAGCUGCUGCUGCCAUGGGUGCGGCCGGCGACGCCGCACCGCUGUCCCCCACCCAAGCCUUCUUCAGCAGCUGGCCGGGCGGCGACAUGGAGGAGCUGCUGAUGGACCUGCCGGACGAUCUGGGGCUGGGCCUCACACCCGGGGUAGGCACUGCGCUGGCGGCCGCAGCGGCUAAGGAGCUCGGUGGCGGUGGCGGCGGCAGCAAUGACGCAGCCGCGGUCGAGGCUGCUGCUGCUCCGGUAGCGGAGAACGAACGGACGAAUGCCGACAUGGUCCAGGCUGUCGACCCCACGCUGCCAUUGCCGGCGGCGGCAGCGGCUGAAGUCGUGCAACAGCCGCAACGUGACAAUGCGUCGUCGCUUCGACCAGCUGGCCACGGGAGUAGCCAAGUCCGCGGCUGCGGCGGCGCGCCGGCCGCCAUGCAGUGGUGGCCAGCCGCACAUGCCGCGCCUGCUGCGUCUGUGGGGCCAGCGUCAUCCAACGCAACCGUGGGGGCCACUGCAGCCGCUGCUGCUCCUGCCGCUGUCACUGCUGCCGUCCCCACUGCCUCCGAGGCUUGCGAGCAGCUUAUGACGCCCACCGCCGCCACUAUGGCCAGCGUGCUAGCAAGCGAGCAAGCGAUGGAGCGAAGCCGUGUGGUGGGAGCGGCAGCAGCGGGUGGUAGGGCUGCGGCGGAGGGGCUGUCGCCCUACAGCGCCUCGCAGCUGUUCAACAUCCUGGGGGUGGCCGGCGCUGAGGCGUCCAAGCAGGCGCCUGUUGCGAAGCCGACAGUGUCCACAGCGACACAGCAGCACAGGCCGCAUGUGUCGCAGCAGCAACAGCACUCACAUCAACAGCCGCCUGCGCGGGAGCUCCAGGCCGCCAGUCAGGCCCCAGCUCGCACCGCGUCAAUGGCGCCCGACCAGAGAGCCGCUGCACCGCCUCCGUCCGCCGCCUACCCCAACCCCUACCCGCACGGCUGGCCCUACGGCUACCACCAUCAGCACCACCACCAUCCUGCGGACUCCGCGGCUGCAGCUGAUCCGAGCACCACCUCCGCACAACAACCAGGAGCACCUCCAACCGGCGCCGCGCCCUACCCGCCCAACAUGUGCGGACCCGUGCCGCCGUACCCCUACCCCAGCCACCCCCAGGCCUACACGCCGUACGGUCCCUACCCGUCGCCACACCCCUCGUUCUCCAUGCCGCCGCACCACCCAUACUACUACCCUCCCCACCAUCAGCUUCCACCGCCCAGUGGCUACGACAUGUACGGGUGGCCGUCGUACUCCAUGUCAUCGCAUGCUGCCAUGUCGUACCCGGGCGCUCCGUACGGCCCUGCGGGCAGCUACCUGGGCUACUACCACAUGCCCCCGCCGUCAGCGCUGCUGCCCACCGCAUCCGAGGCGGGCACUUCAGUAGCGGGUACAGGCCCGCCGGAGGCCUCCAGCUUACGUGUGCGGGCAGCCUCCACUGGCGGGGGAUCGGUACGGAGGUUGGGGCCCAUAGGCCAGGUGCAGGCCGCACCUGCAGCUGCCGAGCCGCUCAUGCCGGGUCGCUACGUGUGGCAGGCGACCACUGGCGGCGGUGCGGCCGCCAGCACCCAUCGCACUGGCAGGGAGGCCGAUUGCGGCAGCCCUUGUGCCGUCAGCCGCAUGAAGGGCGGCGAGGGCGCCGUGUCACGCGGCGCCGCACGCACGCAGUCGGUGGCACAGGCCAGCUACUGCUCUCGGGGGGCUCCACGAGUUGCUCAGAGUGUGGGUGCAGCCCCGAGCGUAGCGCACACGGCUGUGGCGGAGGCUGUUAAGGAGGACGUGGAGGAAUGCGUGGAGAGUGGCAAUGUCGCGCAUGGGGCAGUGGUGGCUCCCACGGACCAUCAGCUGAUGCCACCGCCACCACCGCCGCAGCUGCUCCAGCGGCGGCAGCAGGUAUCCCAGCUAGGAGCCGUCGCGGACUGCAGCAAUGCAGGUGCGGCGCCGCAGGCCGAGCAACAUGGAUGCAUUGCCAAUAAUGUGGUGUUGGCUGCCGUCAACGCCGCUACCUCACCUGACCAGACCCCAGCUAUUGACUCCCCAGUCAACGGUCUCGGUGCACCCCUGCAUAACAGCAUUCCAGCUUCUGUUGCUGCUCAACUUCCACAACUCCAGCAACAACAACAACAGCAACGUGCCGACCAAGUCCAGGCUCCACCAAACCACGUCAGCGACAGCGCCGCAGAACACAACAAAGACCACUGCGGCUUGGCCUCGCCCUCACUGCCCGCCCAGCACCAGUCCCACCAAGAGGAACAUCGGCAGCCGCAACAACAGCAGGCCCCUGCUGCCCAGGCCGUAGCCAAGCGCUUGGACGGGGAGACAGCUGCCGUAACGGCUCGUACGGCAGGCGAGGCUACCGGCGGCGGCUACGACGACACCGACCUGCUUGACCUCUCCUCCAUUACCGCCGGCCUCUUCUCGCCGCCCGCCAGCGUCAUGCCCGCCGGCAGCACCCGCACGCUGGGUCGCAGCACUGCAACCACCACGGGGGCUGCCACCUCGGUAGCAGGCGCGGAUGCCACACCCAGCGCUGCGGUUGCCUCUGCUGAAGCCGCCGCCUCAGCAUUCGCCUUCACGCCCAUCCAUGCCUAUACCUCUAGCCGCACCAUCCCCUUCGUCUCUGCCCCGCGUGCCCCGCCCACGGCCCGGGCCGCUCACCGCAAGCAACAGCUACAGCUUCCUUUCAGCAUUCCCGAGCAUGGUCAGGGCCCCUCCAGCGUGCCCACCUCCGCUCGGGCUCCACCUGGGGCAGCCACGCCCCGCACCCUCUACACCCCCCGCGGCGACGGCUCGCCCCUCACCAGCACCCUUCUUGCCUCCUGGCUGAGCAGCCCGGCCAGCGUGGCAGCGUACGACGUGUGUGCGCGACUGGGCCUGGGCUUGCUGGGAGAGGAGGAGGAGCAGCGAGCGAGUGUGGGGUGUGGCAUGACGGACUCCAUGCAUGGCGACAAGGCGGAGGUGGAGCAGCAGCAGGCGGUGAAGGAGGAGGAAGAGGAGGACUGUGGGGUGGCGCAAAUGCUGGGACCCUCGCCCCCGCAGCCGUAUGAUGCUGUCAACGCCGCCAAUUCGGCGGCGGCGGAAGUGCGGCCUGACCUGACGGCGCAGAUCCGCAUCACCUACGUUCCGCCACAGCAGCAGCGCCCGGGGGACGCGGUAGUGGAUGCUGGCGUCGUCUCUGGUGGCGCGGUGGAGAAGGACGGCAAGGAGACCGUGUUGGGUGCGGACAGCAGCCGCGGCGUGCAGAGCGAGUGGCAACGCUAUUACGAGGAGCAGCAGCAACAGAUGAAGAUGGGUGCGGCUCCGGCUUCCGUGCCUGCUGUUGAGGUUGGCGCGGCGCUGUGAGAGUGACCUGGCGCUCAUAAGAUACUAUUUGACGGGAUCAGAGGUGAAGAUUACACUUUAGCUGACGCCCUUCACGGUUUCUAAAGCUACCCCGUAGCGACCUAGGCUCAUUCAUUUCAUGUCAUUUUACGUCAUUCGUCUCCAUGCGGACUAGCCUUAUAACCUGAAGACGAUUAGUUAGUUAGUCACAAUGACAACAUAGCACAUAGCCUCUAGUUCCUGCAGCGCGCGGCGCUGGAUAGACGCCUCCGUUUUGGUGGGAUCCCAGAGCACCGAACAUGUGCAGAAACGGGAUUUGUUCAUGCUGCUAACGGUGCCGUUGCCGCCGCCAGAUGCACACAUCGUAACCCAGCCAUGACUGGGAGGUGACAGCCCUUAGUUCGGAUCCCAAACCCCGGAGCACGGGAGUUGAGGCCGUUGAAACUAGUGUUUUAGUCUCAUGCGAUGCGGACGUAGCCCCUGCCCCUGGAAAAACUCUUUAUAUAUCCAAUAGAUAGAAUGCGUACAUAGGUGAUUAGGUACGACUGUACAGAACAAGGUAUAUCACGGACUAUUAACGCCCAAUGUGGCGAAUGCGCAAAUAGUGGACAUAACCGUCAGUGGUCAGUAUUAGUAAUAUUGGUAUCUGUUCGUUGCCCGUGAUCUCUCCGUGUUUAGCUCUAGGCGUGAGGUCCGAGUGUUGUUGGUGGCUAAAGCUCCCCGUAGACGUAGACAGCGGCAGUCGUGUGAUUGUAGAAAGCGCCAUGCUAAUUGUGCAAUGUAUUUGGUGUUGUAGGUAGUUGUAACAACCGAGGUAGGCACAGUGCGUGUGGUAGUAGCCCAGAUGUGUACAGCCCGGCGUUGCGUGCAUGCGAGUGGUGGGCAGGCCGUGUCUCGCAGAUCCCCAAGGGCGUGUGAUGUACUGUCGCUCGCGGAGUAUCAACCGCUGCUCUGUGAACGACACAACAACCGCCUGUGUGCCGACCAGGUUGCGGCUUCACGCCAAGCAACUAAGUCAGCCUAAAUGCAUUACGCAAGGCUCUGAGGAGUAUGCCUUUGAAGGUCACCUCCCAGUUUCGCCGCUGUAACGUCAUUACCGCGACA